AUGCCAAUUUCUUUAAACUGUGUGACUGAAGAAUAUUUAAACAAGUUGGACGGAGGUGGAAUUGACCCUGUUUUAUAUAAAGGGGAUGAAAUUAAAUUUAUUUAUAAUAAACUUAACUUAGGUAUAGGAAAAUUAUAUAUUUUAGGAAAAAGAAUAAUAUGGAUUCCAAAUAAAGAUGAAAAUAAUAAAAAAGAAAAAAUUAUAGAUUUUAAAGAUAUAACAACAAAUAAUGUAUAUUUAAAUCAUUAUGAAAAAAACAAAAGUUUUUAUAUCCAUAUUCUAAAUGAACUAAACAGCAUUUCUAUAGACUCAUCAACUAUUGCAUUACAUGCAAUUACAUCCGAUAAAAAAAUAUGGGAUAAGCCAUGUGUAUAUAUACAAUUGGAUACAGAAAUAGAUGAUACUGAUAAGGAUGAAGAUGAAAUGAAUGUUUAUACAAAAUAUAAAAAAACGUCAGAAAAUGAAGAUAGUGAAGAUUUAAAAAUAAAUGAUUCCGACAAUGAUGAAAUGUUUAACCAUGACCCAAUUGCACCAGAAAUAUAUCUUGUCGGAAAAAAUAAUUUAAUCAACGAUACUAUAUUUAAACAAAUGAGUAACAUGGAUAAUACAUUUAAUGGAGAUCAAAGUGAAGAUGGUGAAUGGGACGAAAACGAAGAAGAAGAAGAAGAAAAAUACGAAAACGAAAAAGAAGAAAAGGACGAAAAAGAUGACGAAGUGAAUAAACCAUGCGAAGAUGUAUAA